UAAAAGGCUAACCUAUCGAGGAAUACUUCACAGUUAGCUUUUGAACUGAUAACAGCACAGACCAAAAUGUUCAAACUGGUGGUGUUGUCUGUCAUAUUGGCUUUGGCGGUAGCCGAGGCUGCCGUCGUAGCUCCAUUAUGGGGUGGCUUAGCUGCACCCUGGGCUGCACCUUGGGCCGCACCUCUUGCUGUGGCUGCACCAAUCGGCGUUAACAACUACAGAGGUCCAUUGUCACUCGCCCCCGGUCAGCCCGCUAACAUCCUAGCUGCUGAUGGCAGGCCACUUGACACCUUGGACGUAAACGUCGACCGUGCUGCUCAUUUAACCGCCAAAGCUAUCGACCACGCUGGAGUCCAUUUGUUAAAGAAGAGAUCGUUAGUCGCCGCUCCCCUGGUAGCUGCUCCAGUAGCUGCUCCUGUAGUGUGGAACGGUGUGCACGCUGCACGUGUCCUCGCACCCGUCGCCGCUGCUCCUCUUGCUGUGGGGUGGGGACACGGAGCCUGGGCUCACGCUUGGUGAAGAGCAAACACACAUUGAAUUAGGAUUAAUGUAUUAAAUUUACUACUACUUCAAAGAUACUUCAUAAUGGUCCUCUUCAAUGGCAUCAGCUUUUGCUGGCGUAGCUCUGGAGCGUUCUUGGUCUGCUGCUCCAUUGGCAGUGGCAGAACCUGCACCAGUGUCCUAGUCUCAUUCUGUUCACAUUCAUGCUAAUUCAGUAAUUGCCAUUAUUAAAAUAAAGGAAAUUUAUGUA